CUCAUGGUUCUGACCCACGCUAAGACAGUUAGUUUGUUGACCGGUUUUUCAUGCAAACCUACCUUGUUUGUUGCCAUUCUGUCUUAGACUUUUGCACGCUUGCAUUCAUGGCAUUCAUGCAUUGGCAUUGCAUGAUUACAGUGCUGAAUAUGAUGCAUGCUGGUCGAAGUGGAAGGACAGUCACACUCACUGUCAAAUUUCACCAAGAUAAAGGCAAAGGUGGCAAUUAAAGGUGUCAUUACUACUGCGUUCAGUUAGGCCUACAUAAAAAUAUCCUUGGCUUGUGUCCGCUAUAAUCAGUAAUCUGGUAGGCCCUACCUUUUAUUCCUUCUCACUGAAUAAUCAUACAAUGUAAUGUAACAGGCAGCCUAAAGCGAGGUUUUAGAAUAGAAAAUUUUGACGAAGUUUGUUUGGGCUCUGACUAGUCUACCUGUUUUACCACUUAUCAAAUUUCCUUAGGUAAUAACGUCUGGCCAUGGCAUCAUUGGCCACUCAAGAAGUCGGAGACUGUUCAUUUUAUUCAGAUGAAGAAGAUGGGGCGACCCAUGAUCAUGAUGAGAUCUGGGGAAGGCUGUUCCCUGUUGGAGAUGGAUUUCUAUCUGUAGACUGCAUGAAAGACACACAUUCCUUUGGACGAGGAGAAUCCUGUGAUUAUUGUUUCACCUCAGCAUGCACCAAACAAAAGAAUGUCUUCUCGGCGUAUAGCAAAGUUCACUUCCAAUUAACCCGGGAGAAGACAAGCACUGGUGUGUAUGUAUUCCUUGAAGAUCUAAGUAGCAAUGGGACAUUUGUAAACGGGGAAAAAGUGGGUAAAGGAAAUAAACAGGUGUUGAACAAUAAUGAUGAAAUUGCACUGGCUUUCAAGAAAAAUCGGGCAUUUGUGUUUUUGGACUCGAGUGCCAAGCAAGAUCUCAAUCUACCAGAGGAGAUGGCGGCCAAAUAUACUUUGACACGGGUGCUAGGAAGAGGUGCUUGUGGUGAAGUGAGGCUGGCAUUCGAGAAGGGCUCAUGUAAUAUGUUUGCAGUCAAAAUCAUAUCAAAGAAGAAGUUCUCUAUUGGAGGAAAGACACCAGUGGGAAAUUUAGAUGUUAUGGGCGAAGUCAACAUUCUUAAAUCAUUAAAACAUCCUUGCAUUAUAGGUAUAGAAGACGUGAUAGAUUCCCCGGACACAAUAUACAUUGUCUUGGAAUUGGUACAGGGUGGAGAACUGUUUGACAAAGUCAUUAGUAUCGGCCAAUACAGUGAAGCCACUGCCAAACUUUUAUUCUACCAAAUGGUUACGGCAAUCAAGUAUCUUCAUGACCAGGGUAUUACACACCGGGACCUCAAGCCAGAAAAUAUCCUUUUAGCUUCAGAGGAAGAUGAAACGCUAAUAAAGGUAACAGAUUUUGGUCUCUCAAAGUUUGUUGAUUCUGCGACAAUGAUGAAGACGUUUUGUGGUACUCCAAACUACUUGGCGCCUGAAAUUCUCCUAACAGCAGGAAUAGGGUCUUAUACAAAAUCCAUCGACUGUUGGAGUUUGGGAGUUAUACUAUACAUAUGUCUCGUUGGCUACCCACCAUUCACAGAUGAGCGUAAGGACAUGGAUCUCUCCAAGCAAAUCACGACUGGACAAUAUGACUUUCCCAAGGAUUAUUGGGCUGAUAUAAGCACCAAAGCUGUAGAUCUGAUCAAGAAGUUACUAACUGUUGAUCCAAAGAAGCGGAUCACAUUAGUUGAGGCAUUGAAUCAUCCUUGGCUGGACGAUGACGAUGUGAAGGCAAAGGCUCAGAAACUGAUGUGGCCAGAUGGAAUGCAGCCACCUCAGCUGCCAGGAAAGAAAAGACCACGGGACAGUCCUGAAAAGCAGUCUUCUCCAAAGAAAAGAGCAAAAUGAUCUGGAACAUUUCCCACUGAAACGAAAGAACAAUCAAUAUUGUAGAACUGUUCUGAUGAGGCAAGAGAUAGUCAUUCCUGAUGUAUGCUACAAACCUGCCGGUAUACUUAAUGUAUUGUGCCUUGUCUCAACCUCCAAUGUAGGAUCUUUAUGCAGGCUUUGUUUUUACAUUUGGUCAUGACCUGUUUGUUGGUGAAUGUACAUGUAGGCCCGGGUAAAAUCUACGUCAGACUACAGGAGCCUACGCGGUAGUUAAAGUUUUGGUACUGAUGAUCACUGUUAAAAAAACAUAGACUUAGAAUGUUGUGUUGGAGAACCAACCAUGCUCACCGUUUUCUCUGGUAAGCAAUAUCCUAUGUGAAGAUUGUCUGUUAAAAGAUCUGGAUGUUUAAGAUUUAGAGGAGGCUAUAUUGUGCUCAAUGCUAUUGGAUCAAUGAAUAGAAUAGUACUGUAUGUUAGAUUCCUGAAGGACCACAAGGAUUUAGUAUCAUACAUGUACUACUUAUAUGUUGUAUGUAUCAUAUAUCUGCUGUCUUUAAAGAUAUGCUCACCAGUUGGGGGGCUUCAUUCAGUUUCAUGAAUUUGUAUUUCACCAUGUCGUUUUAAAAUGUUCAAUCAAAGAGUGCCAUUGAUAUGGCAAGGUGGAUCCCUUUGAUAGUAUGAUCACAGCAGUGUCUUGAUUUCUGUCGUAAAUAUUGAGAAUAUGUAAGAAAAUUACCUUAUUUUUUUGCAUGUAUUACCUUUCAUAGUAAAAGCGGAAAACGGUGGAGUAAAUAUGCUCUUUAUUAUGUUCGUGUUUUUCACGAUCAUUUCACCACCAUGGGCAUUUUGUUGUUGUUGCCCUGUGUAUGGUUUUGUUAUGAUUGGAUUCCUUCAUGGGGACCAUUGUAACUAAGUCCCACAGUCUGGGUAAUCUUUGUCCAUUGGAUGUUUUCUUUAUGAUACGUACAAUGGACUUAGUGAAGCAUUUUAUUUCAAAGAAAAGUAGCCUCUGUUCCUUUUGAGGUUACAUUGUAUCAUGUUGAAAGCUUUAAUUUUGACUUUUGUUGAUUUCGAUUGUAAUUUUUGAUGGAUGGGGCAUCCUCAAAAGGUCAUAUCAGCUGCGAGCUGUUGAUAAUAGUACCAACAAGUAAAUGCGUGGUAUUUUGAGCUGGAUUCAAAGCAUGGUAUACAAUCUUGUCACUUGAAUUCUGGGGGAUAUACUUGUUGAUGUAUUGUAUUGUGUUUUAAACAUACAUAUAAUAUGUAUAUCGCGUGCCAUUAUUUGAAUAAUAAACAACCAUUUUAGGAGA